AUGACCAAAAUGGAAAUCCGGCGGGUAAACUGCGACGCCAUCUCCGCAAAACACCGCCCCAUCGCCGCUGUCAAACUCCGCAAAAUACCCCCGAGAGCCGACGCUACCGUCCGAGGUGUCAAGUUUAAGAUGGCCCGCAAGCACCCCCUGUCGAGUACUCUCAACUUCCGCUUCUUGGGCGCAGGCGAGAUGCGGUGGGAGGAGCUGGGCAAGCAUGGCAAGGGCAUGAGGCUCGUCGAUGUCAACGGCAAAACUUUAGCUUUUUUCCGUCCGAGGCUGCACGUGGUGGAUGCUGGUCCUGGAACCGAAGGAGGACGAGAAAAAGUUGAAGAACACAGUUCGGGAGAGGGUGGAGAAGACGGGAGCCGUCCUGCACCUGCAAGUCAUACAAACACCAUGGGCAAGGCCGGGUGGGGACCCGGGUUCGAGCUGCAUGCCGCUCUCGUAGAUCUCGACCUCGAUCUGGUGGUCACCACUGGCUUGGCAGCGGCAGAAUAUCGUCGGCAGUUGGAUGAGGACUGGAACCUGGUUGCAGAGGAGGAGGCGGAG